CGCCGUUCUACAGGGCUGAAGUGCAUGUCCUGAUGUUCAUGGGCUCGAUUCCCACCCUUAAACCUUUGUUGUCACAGUUACAUAGCCGAUUACUGUCCAUGAAUAGCUAUCCUCGAUCUAAGAUUUACUAUGGGACCGAUGACACAAAGACAACAAACACCAUCGGCUCUAAGCCAUUUAAAGGGUUAAAAUUGCGCAGAGUAGGCAGCGUAACUAUUGCGCUGGAAGAAAUCGAUAAUAUGACAAGCAUGACGAGACACGAGGCUGGAUCCAGCACAGAAUCAAUUCUUGGGAGGACUGCCGAUAGACACGAAGACACUCUUGUCGUAGAGUCUGAAGCACCUCGAACGCGAGAGGGAACGUCGCCCCAACCUCUCGAAACGGAUGGAAUUCAAGUAGCGAAAGGGUACAAAGUUGAUUAUACGGAGAAGAUAGAAAAGAAUGUUGCUGAGUUUCGGCAAAGUGGAUUUGAAAGAGAGGCUGUGCAGAGAUAAUACUACGGAGAUACUCGUAGGUACUGGCCAUCUCGAUGCUAGAGAGCGACCCGUUGGGGUGCUCUGCAGGAGUAUGCCUGUUGAACGUAGUGUCGAUAUAUCGUAAGGUAAGAUGUUGGAUCAAGCUAUUCUUGGUGGAUUAUAGAAG